AUGACCAAUAUCCUGAUUGUAGGCGCCACUCGUGGUUUAGGUGCUUCACUUGCGAACAAUUACGCUUCGCAGCAAUCAACAACCGUUUAUGGAACCACUCGCGCUGCCACUGGCCCAUCCAAUCUGAGUGAAAAAAUUGUAUGGAUUCCUAAUAUCGAUGUCGCAGAAGAGGGAGUAGGCAGGAAAUUGGUGAACCAGCUGGGGAUGCUCGGAGGUGGUGGUGGAAUGGUUGAGGGUGGACGAAUUACAUUUGAUGUUGUUAUUAUCACAGCUGGAUAUUUUGCCACAGAAGACUUCGUCAAUGGUCCAAAAUGGGAUGAGCAAGUGAAGAUGUACACAACAUCAGCCAUCUCUCCUCCCUUCGUAGUCCAAUCUUUGUUCCGCGCCAAGAACAUCACCAAAGGUUCCAAAAUCCUUCUCAUCUCCUCCGAAUCGGGCUCAAUUACUUUGCGACACGAGAAAGAAGGUGGUGGUAAUUAUGGACAUCAUGCGUCAAAAUCCGCCCUCAACAUGGUUGGAAAGCUCCUUUCGCUAGAUUUGAAGGAGCAUGGAAUAAUUGUAUCAAUUUUGCAUCCUGGAUUUAUGCGAACAGAGAUGACAAAAGGGGUUGGAUUUGAUAAAUAUUGGGAUGACGGAGGAGCAGUAACACCCGAUGAAGCUGCGAAGAGCUUGGUUGAAUGGACAGAGAAACUAGACAUCAGUAAGUCGGGUCAAUACUGGGCACCAAGGGGUCCUAGAGAUAUUGGUACCGCGGAUGUAACAAUCGGGACGGAAUUACCUACACCUCUGCAACUACCAUGGUAG